GCAGUCGUCGGGAGAAUCCGUGGCCGUGAGUUGCACGUGGACCACAACAGGGUGGUUCGUGGGGUGACUCCGUUAUUGCAUCAUAUCAGCCAUCGCCCAGCCACGCCCGCCUGACCUUGGAUGGCAUUCCGAGGGGUUGGGAUUUUCGUACUCGCUCCGCCUGUCCACGCCCCCUCGGCUUGGGCUGGUCGGGUUUUACCUUUCGGGUGCGACACGGAGGGUGGAGUCACUGGUUGACCUUGAUUUUGAACGAGUGGGUGGCUCAAGGCCAACCACUCUGGCCGCUAUUCAGGAAUUCAACAUUUUGAACUGAGGGUCCUUGAAUGACCCCAAAUGAUGACGUGACCCGUGGCCAGCAUGGCUUUUCGCUUUCACGGCCACGGUUUGGCCUCGGAGCACGGGUCCGAGUCCUUUUCGGUUCACCCAUACGGCUCGCCGCUGCAAUCGGGCCCCGUGGCCUCCAGCACCAAUCCGGCGCCCACCAUGCCCAUCGGCCACUGGAAGCGGCAGCUCCGCGAGUCGGGCGUGGCCACCUGCGUCCACCCGCAAUGUCAAAUCAACUUUUUGUCCCUGGCCGGCAUCGUGGCUCAUUCCAAGACCUGCUCGGGUUACGCGCCCGCCGGCGAUUUCGUGCCCUGCAAUGUGUGCGGUUUGCGCUUCAAACAGUACAAAUCCAUGCAAUCCCAUCGAGAUCGCAACCACUAUCAGGUGGUGGGCGUGGCCCCGCCGGCUCCACCCGGGAAUUUGCUGCUCAAAGAAGUGUCGCAAUAUUCGGCCUUCGGUCCCAAUACCACGGUCUACGUGGCCGAAACCGAGCCCACCAAGCCCGUGGUCGAGCGCCGGCGACCCAAUGUCUUGCAGAGUUAUAGCCGCGGGCCCCGUACACAGGGUACGCACGCGCAGGGUGGGCACGCCACGCCCAAAAUCGAGGACCAUACCAACGUGUCUUAUUUACCGCCCGAUAUCGCCCAAGAGGUCUUGGCCCCCACUUACUCGGAGACAGUGGAUGAAACGCAGAAAGCCGCCAUCGCCUCGCGCUUGAUUGCCGAAAGCCAUUUGAUCUCCAAUCCUCGACCCGCCGGACGUCCAGUCACUUACUACACGCCCCGCAAACCGGCCUCGACCGUGAAUCGAUUCGCCGAUCCCUUUGAUAUGAAUCCCACCCAUGGGACGCCUCAGUAUGAGCUCAACCCGCCCAAAGUCGAGCCCUCGGCCCAUCCUGGCUAUCAAACCGUGACCCUGGAGCGUCAAGACACGCCCAGGCGUCAAACGCAGCUCAAACCCAUUUACAUAGACUCAUCGCCGGGUGAUGGGCGUUACUAUGAAGUCAGUUCGUCCAAUAGUGGUAGCACUAACGGCAAGCAGUACCGCUACAUUGAUGUGGGCUCCAAUGAAUCCGGCGGUCGCAGAAUCAUUUUUGCCAACAGCAAUCUCACCAUCACCCAACAGCAACCUCAGCCCCCGCCCACACCCGUGUCUUUGGCGUCAUCCGCCGGAUCGGAGGUGUCAUCUUACUCCACCACGCCCAGUCCGGCCAUUUUGUCCGAAUCUGGGCAAUCGCUCGAACGAGAGUCAAUGACCCGACCCACCGAGGUACCCGUCCAUUCGUCAUCAGCCCAACCACUCUUUCAACACGAAGGUUCACCCAUCGUUCCAACGAGUUCCCUCAAUGAAAUUACUCGCCCAGUUAAGAUGUCCCCUAAGGGCUCUUCGGAAGAUCCCAGCCCCAUUUGUGCCGUGGCGAAAAGUGAUCCGUCCCAACCUCAAGCUUCAAGUUUAAGUGAAAUGGACUUGCGAGAACGUGAAUUGGCCGACGAGGAAGCCAAGCUGGCCGAAUAUGAGCGGAUCGUUCUCGAGUCCGAGGAAAAAGCAAAGGAAGCCCGGCGGAAGCGACUCGAGGAACGUGAGGCUCAAUUGAAAAAGCGUAAAGAAGCAUUGCAUAAACGGCACUUACAAGCCGUGGCCUCGAUCGAACCUUCCUCCCCCAAAGUUGAGGUAGAUGUUGGAGCGGCGCUGGUUCCGUUCUCUGAAGCUGAGGUCUCGCUAUUGUCUAAUACGAAGAAUGAACCGCCCUCGUCCAGUAGUCAAGAGGAGAUCAGUCCACCCAAUACAUCAGUUGUCUCCUCUGGUCAGAGCGAUUGCAAGGUUUCAAAUGAGAUUUCAUACCAAAACACCCCACAAUCACAUCAGGAAUGGUCCGUUUCUUGUGACUUUGUCAAGGAACAAGCCGUUGUGCCCGUUGAAACCCAAGAAGAGGAGGUGCAGGUAGAGCCAUUCGAUACUUCAAUUAAGGCUGCGGACAAGUCCUCGAACGUCAAAACAUCGACAGUGUCAAAGUGGUCGUCUGAUCAAUUUCAAUUUGCGAAGGGAGUCAUCUUGCCUCGUGAAAUCUCAGACGAGUCUCCAACCGAAGAAAAAGCUGUUCCCCUCUCAAUUCCCAGAUCCAUUCCCGUUGAGCUCAUAACCACUCAUAAAGGAUCUGAUGGAUCCAUUCAGACGUUCAGCGAGAUGACCGAGAUCAUUCCUGAGGGCAUUGCUUUGGAUCCGGGCGCGAAAGUGCUUCAUAUUUCCACGGACGGAUUCACAGAGACGGUAGUCCUGCACUCUUUGGAACGAGAUGAAGAACGUCACUCUACCCCUAAAAAAGAGACCAAGAUCGAAGAGGUCGAGCCACCUCAUUUACAAGAGCCUGAGGUGUCCUCAGGAUCAAAAGGAAAUGAACCCAACAAACCCGAGCACGCCAUCGAACCCGAGGUCGCACCCGAAGAAAUGGAACCGGAGAUAGAGCAGGAGGUUGAACUCGAAGUUGAACCCGAGGUUAUUCAAGUGGUUGAACCUGAGGUUGUUCAAGUGGAUGAAGCUGAGGUUGAACCCGAAGUUGUGCAAGAGACUGACCUCGAAGAUGAACCCAUUGUCGAACCUGAGGUUGAGCAAGCGGCUGAACUGGAAGUUGAACCCGAGAUUGACCAAGAAAUUGAACCCGAAGUCGAGCAGGAGAUUGAACCCAAUUUUGUGAAAGAGGUUGAAGCUGAGGUUGAAGUUGAGCUCGAGCAAGAGUCAAAAGAGUCGGAGCCCAACACGAUCGUCCAAAAUAAUGAAGCCAUCGAGAACACUGAUUGUGAUGGUCUGAUGGCUUUUUGUGAUAUGAAAGAAAAUGACAAUGAAGAACUAUCUGUGGAAAUGGAUAAUCAAAUCAAUGAGGAUCAACAACGGGAAACACCAAUUGAGCCACAACAAGGCCUUGAUGAUAGUGGCAAAGAGACCAUCAAUCAAAAUCCCACGGAGUCCAAACCUUUGGACGAGGAAGAAACAGUCGAACGGGAGCAAGAUUUGCAAGAAGAUGAUCAACCUUUAGAGAGGAAACGGAGGCGAAGAACCACCACAAAGACCCCCGUUAGAUCAACCAAGAUCCAACGCAAACCUCGCACUCGAAAAUCACUUGAAGCAAAUGCCAAGCCCGAAAUUGUAGUUCAAACCCCAAGAUCUCGAAGAGCUCAAAAACGGCCCAACGCUGAAAAAGUCGAAACCGUUGCACCGAAAGUCAAAAGAAAAUCCCCUCAAAAGCCUACCAAGAUCGAGCCCCAAAAGUGUGUCGGGCGAUCCAAAAAGAAGCAGUUCCAAUGUGGGAAAUGUGAACACAUCUUUUGGGCCAAUCGGCAAUAUGAAAUUCAUACAGCAGUGGAGCAUAGCGGAUUGGCUCGAUUGAUCGGUGAAAAUCAAGAGUUCACAACGAAGGAGCGAGAUCAGGCCUUGCGGAACGCCUUUAAGCUCAUUUCCAAAGUGAAAUGUCACCAAGAGCAAUGUGAUCGCGUGUUCACCUCUUAUGCUGGUCUUCAGUACCAUCUCCGCACUUGUCAGAAGUCUCCCGACGAGAUUGAGUCGAUGAAAGUCAAAUGCAGUCUGUGUGAGUACCGUGGGUUGCCCAUCAAUAUGAGGCAACAUGAAUUAAGGCACCAAACCUACCUGAAAACAUCACCUAAUAAAGAAGAUCCGGAUAAUCCGAGCCAGCAAGCAGAGAACCGAUCCGAGGAGACCAACGAUACCUCUCUUACCCAAAGUGGCCGAAAAAGACGAAGAGCCGCCACCAAGGCCUCUGCCAAAGUCAAUGAGGCCAUGAAGAUAUUAAAGACCAAAGAAGAAGGCGAUGUGAGUGAUAUCGGUGACAAAGAUGGAGACGACGACCAGGACGAGGUGUUCAAUGUGGCCAAGGCUGUGGAUAUCAAGGCCCAUUACAAGAUAAAUAAAAAGGAGAAGAAAUUCUCGUGUCAGCAUUGCCAAAAUAUUUUCAACACUCGCUCCAAAAUUGAGUCGCAUCUUAUGAGCAAUCACUCCGAGGAGAUGGAUGACGGAGAUGCCGAUGAAGACGAGGGGUUCCCCGAGGAAGAGAUCAGUGAUGGAGACUUCUCUCUUGGUGAUGAAACUGAAGAGGUCAGUGGACGGCAAAGAAAAUCGUUGAAAUAUAGCGGCAGGCCUCGAAAUCGAUUGGAGAAGUCGUCGGUCCUCUCCAGCACCACUGAUCUCAUUCCAUUUGAAAGCAAAUUUCGGCAAGCAAACUUCGACAAGAACCCAUUCUCCGAUUUCCAUUCCACGAGGAGCGACUGGACCGUCUUCAAUCAGGAUCAGGCCCAAGACUGGCUCCCCGAAAGCAUCGAAUCUCUGCCAUUCAACUCCCGGCAUUGCUCGGAGACGACUGAUAAUCCAACCAAGACAUCGUUGAAAUUGUUUCAAAGUACGGAGGCCAAAUCCGAUGACGUGGUCACUUUUUUCGUGGGUGGACCAAUACGAGCCUCGGCCUGGUUACCAAUGUCAGAUGCCAAAUCAGAAUGGGCCUAUUUGGCCGUGUCUGCCGUGAAAAGUAUGUCCGACGGUCAGACCUUCGUGACAAGUGCUCAGACAGGGAAGGGUCUGAUUCAAAUUUGGCGUGUUCACGUCCAGUCCCUGGCUAGUGAAAUGGUGAUGGGUCUAUCUCAUGACUUGGGAACGAUCUGGGACUUGGAAUGGGUGCCCUCUGGGAAUCAAAUCCAGUCCGAAGAUCCCUGCCAUCUCGAACGUUUGGGAGUUUUGGCGUGCGCCUCCUCCGAAGGAACCAUUCGCGUGUUCUCCAUCUGCCUCUUCUCUGAGCUCGAAAAUCCUGUUCCUGGAUCUCCAUUGAUUUGUCAGACCGAAUCGAAACGGACCCUCCGACUUUGCCAUAAUCCAGAUCCAGACGAUCCAUCCAAGUCAGCUUGCGUGACCCUGUCCUGGUUUCGCGGUCAGAACCAUCGCGUUCUAGCGGGUGGAUUCUGUGACGGUCGCUACGCUCUUUGGGACUUAUUCCAGCCGGACGGUAGCCUCCAAAGGCAAGGUCAGGACAUCUAUCCCUAUCUCCAUCAGACGGCUCAUACUGCCGGAAUCACGGCUCUCGAUCUCAGCGAUAGUCCGUCCUUUUUCGACCCGGAUUUCCCCCGAGAACUCGUCACGGGGUCCUACGAUCGUGGGGUGGCCGUUUGGGAUUUGGACCACCCUUCAUUACCCAUCCAAUUCUUGCGCAAAGGUCUCGUCAUGGGCUUGGACUGGCUCCGACAUCACGCCGGAGAGGUCAUGGUCAGUUUCGACGAUGUGUUCCUUCAAAGCCACACGCAAUCCGUGGUCUUUGACUUUGCCAGUCCCAAUGUGAAAGCCCAUCCAGUUAUGGCUCAUAACUCGGCCGUGUGGAGCCAAUCAACGAGUCCAUGGCUCAAUGUCAUGGCCACGGCCACCACGGCCGGGGAAGUGAUCCUCUUCCUGGCUCCGCCACUCACUCGAGCCUUGGAGAACGAUAAGGACACCAACCGGCGGCGAAUCUAUCUUUACACCACGGAAGUGUUCGAACGUCCUUCAAAACCGGUCGAGGUCCAAAGCAAUGACGAUUUCGGUGACGUGAAAGAGGAUAGCUUGGAAUUUGUGGAUGUGGCCACCCGUGAUAUUCGAGCCCUGUCUGUAGAGAUUCAAAAGAAGACCCGCUACUUCGAGACCAUGCCCAUGGAGGAUAUCACUCGAUAUCCGAUCCGGUCCGUCAACCAGAUCCGAUUGAAUCCGAACCCGCAGACCUUGGGAUUGGUGUUCAGUGGAACUCAGGCUGGAUUCGGGCGCGUUCACUUAGUCGAGUCGUUGCUCAAUGCUGAUAUCAGGUCUCAACUAAAGAAACAUCGUGUCUCGUGAAUCAAAAGAGUCGUUCUCUAUUUUAGUACAUCGUGUAAUAUGCAUAUUCCCAUUGCCCUUGUUGAAUCGAUCGAAUUUACUCUGUCCCCCCAAGGAAAUAUAUAAAAGCAAAUGUUCCCUAUCCAUCA